ACGCGUUCAGCUCGGGCACGCGCGCCAGCCUGGAGAAGGCGAAUACCUUCAAAUAUGGCGGAGGGGGAACUGGACGUCGAUUCGCUGAUUUCCAGGCUUUUGGAGGUGCGAGGAUGCCGGCCGGGGAAGAUAGUGCAGAUGACGGAGGCGGAGGUCCGAGGCCUGUGCAUCAAAUCCAGAGAGAUCUUCCUGAGCCAGCCCAUCCUGCUGGAGCUGGAGGCGCCGCUCAAGAUCUGCGGUGAUAUCCACGGUCAGUACACGGACCUCCUGAGGCUGUUCGAGUACGGCGGCUUCCCCCCGGAGGCGAAUUACCUGUUCCUGGGCGAUUACGUGGACCGAGGGAAGCAGUCGCUGGAGACCAUCUGCCUGCUGCUGGCCUACAAGAUCAAGUACCCGGAGAACUUCUUCCUGCUGAGAGGGAACCACGAGUGCGCCUCCAUCAACCGCAUCUACGGCUUCUACGACGAGUGCAAGCGCAGGUUCAACAUCAAGCUGUGGAAGACCUUCACCGACUGUUUCAACUGUCUGCCCAUCGCCGCCAUCGUGGACGAGAAGAUCUUCUGCUGCCACGGAGGCUUGUCUCCUGACCUGCAGUCCAUGGAGCAGAUCAGACGCAUCAUGAGACCCACAGACGUCCCAGACACUGGGCUGCUGUGUGACCUGCUCUGGUCUGACCCGGAUAAAGACGUUCAGGGUUGGGGAGAGAACGACCGUGGUGUGUCCUUCACCUUUGGAGCUGACGUGGUCAGCAAGUUCCUGAACCGUCACGAUCUGGAUCUCAUCUGUAGAGCACAUCAGGUGGUCGAGGAUGGGUAUGAGUUCUUUGCCAAACGUCAGCUGGUCACGCUGUUCUCCGCUCCGAACUACUGCGGAGAGUUCGAUAACGCCGGCGGCAUGAUGAGCGUGGACGAGACCCUCAUGUGCUCCUUCCAGAUCCUGAAACCGUCGGAGAAGAAGGCCAAGUACCAGUACGGAGGAAUGAACUCGGGGCGCCCCGUCACGCCGCCCCGCACGGCCGCCCCGCCCAAGAAGCGGUGAACGGGCGGGGCCCGGCACACACGGGGCCCGAGGAAGGAAAGAAAGAAAGAGUGAGUGGGUGAUGAUGAAGUACGAGGAGAGAUCGCCGUGGCGAUUCUGCCGCUGUGUAGCUAAAACGAUGCUCGAAGCGUAUUAAACUUUCCCCCCUACGUCUUCUAACACCCCCCCCCCCCCCUCGCCACGCCCUCAUCCAGCCUUCCACCACUGUGUGUGUAACCACAUGAUCUUCAGUGUUCUGGGGAAAACGUAUACAUGUUAAUGAAUCUCACACACACACACACACACACACACACACACACACACACACACACACUCGUCUACGUGUCUGCAUAUGGGCGUGUUCACCUUCUCUGUCUGUUUGCUGUUUGCCAGAACGAUGUACAUUCACGAGCUCCAUUUCUCUCUGUUUCUGUUUUCUUUUAUUGUUUUUUUGCAGGACGUGUUCAUGAGAAACGCAAAUGAACCAACAAGUUCUGGAUUUUCAGUAAAUAAACCAGAAUAAACCCAAA